GUGAUCUAGGUGGAAUAUCAUGGACACCACCACCUGGGCAGCCAACUACACUGGAUGGUCAGAUUUCUUUCUGGUGGGAGUCUUCAGUCAAUCCAAGCACCCAGCUUUCCUUUGUGUGACCAUUUUUGUGGUUUUCUUGAUGGCUUUGUCUGGAAACACCAUCCUGAUCCUUCUGAUACACUCUGAUGCCCACCUCCACACCCCCAUGUACUUCUUCAUCAGCCAGUUGUCUCUCAUGGACAUGAUGUACAUUUCUGUCACUGUGCCCAAAAUGCUCAUGGACCAGGUCAUGGGUGUGAAUAAGAUCUCAGCCCCUGAAUGUGGGAUGCAGAUGUUUCUCUACUUGACACUAGGAGGUUCAGAAUUUUUCCUUCUAGCUGCCAUGGCCUAUGACCGUUAUGUGGCCAUCUGCCGUCCACUCCAUUAUCCAAUCCUCAUGAACCACAGGGUGUGUCUCCUCUUGGUAUCUGGCUGCUGGUUCCUGGGAUCUGUGGAUGGCUUCAUGCUCACACCUGCCACCAUGACCUUCCCUUUCUGCAGAUCCCGGGAGAUCCAUCAUUACUUCUGUGAGGUCCCUGCUUUAAUGAAGCUCUCCUGCUUGGACACCUCCCUCUAUGAGACACUCAUGUACCUGUGCUGUGUCCUCAUGCUCCUCAUCCCGGUGACAGCCAUUUCAAGCUCCUAUUCUUUCAUCCUUCUCACCAUCUACAAGAUGAACUCAGCAGAGGGAAGGAAGAAGGCCUUCACCACCUGUUCUUCUCACAUGACUGUGGUCAUCCUCUUUUAUGGGGCUGCUGUCUACACCUAUAUGCUCCCCAGCUCCUACCACACACCUGAGAAGGACAUGGUGGUAUCUGUCUUUUACACCAUACUCACUCCUGUUCUAAACCCUUUAAUCUAUAGUCUUAGGAAUAAGGAUGUCACAGGGGCUCUAAAGAAAAUGUUGAAUGUAGCAUCUCUCUUUCAAGAAACUAGAAAGUAAGAAAUUUGGGUACUAAUAAUUUGUUUUCCUUCUCUAU